AUGAAAUUUGCUGAACACUUAACUGCUCAUAUAACUCCGGAAUGGAGAAAACAAUAUAUAAAUUAUGAAGAAAUGAAAUCAAUGCUUUAUAAUGCAAUAGAAGAAGCUCCAUCACCGGAAUCAACGGAUCCAAAUUCUGUCGCAAGAUAUUUUACGUCGUUCGACGAACAAUUUUUUAGUUUUUGCGACAGAGAAUUGAAAAAAAUUAAUACGUUUUAUUCCGAAAAACUUGCUGAAGCUACUAGAAAAUAUGCGACACUCGUUGCGGAAACAAGUUCGGCUGUAAAUAGUCAACAAAAUGCAAAAGUUAAAAAAAAAUUAUCAUCGAGAAAAUUACAAGAAUUAAAACUUGCUUUUAGUGAAUUUUAUUUAAGUCUUAUUUUACUUCAAAAUUAUCAAAAUUUAAAUUUUACCGGAUUUAGAAAAAUAUUAAAAAAACACGAUAAGCUUUUGACCGUUAGCUCGGGAGCAAAAUGGCGAGAAGAAAAUGUAGAUACAUCUCAUUUUCAUACGAAUCAAGAUAUUCACAAAUUAAUAUCGGAAACGGAAGCAACUGUUACGAUGGAAUUAGAAGGAGGAGAUCGUCAAAAAGCAAUGAAAAAACUCAGAGUUCCACCGUUGGGAGAACAAAAAAGUCCUUGGAUAACAUUUAAAGUCGGAUUAUUUUCCGGAUCGUUUAUUGUAUUGUUUAUUGCUGUGAUAUUAUCAGCCAUUUUUCAAGAGGAUCAAAGAAAUUUAAUCGUUGCUUUUCGCCUUUAUCGAGGUCCCAUGCUCAUAAUAGAAUUUAUUUUUUUAAUGGGUGUCAACGUUUACGGUUGGAGAUCCUCCGGAGUUAAUCACGUACUUAUUUUCGAACUCGAUCCUAGAAAUCAUUUAUCCGAACAAGAUUUGAUGGAAGUAGCUGCCAUAUUGGGCGUUGCUUGGACUUUGAGUUUGUUGAGUUUUCUAUUUAGUUCUUCACUUAGUAUUCCGCCAUAUGUAAAUCCAUUGGCUUUAGUUAUCAUAAUGGUAUUUUUUUUAAUCAAUCCCCUGAAGAUUUUCAGGCACGAAGCUAGGUUUUGGCUAUUGAGAGUAUUGGGUAGAAUAUUUGCGGCACCUUUUUUCCACGUGGGAUUUGCUGAUUUUUGGCUUGCCGAUCAAUUGAAUAGUUUAACGGCUGCUUUUUUAGAUUUUCAUUUUGUUUUUUGUUUUUAUUUAACAAAUGAAGACUGGGUCGUUCCUCAGGAUGUAUCUCACUGCGUUAGCUAUGCUUAUUUUCUACGUCCCGUCGUUCAUUGUUUACCUGCCUGGUUUCGAUUCGCACAAUGUUUGAGACGUUAUUACGAUUCGAGAGAAGGUUUUCCACAUUUGGUCAACGCACUCAAAUAUUCGACGACAUUUUUCGUUGUUUUAUUUACAUUUCUUCGUGCAAAAUACAAGGGAGAGACUGAAAAUAACACGUUGGUUUAUUUAUGGAUCGCUGCAUCUUUUAUAAGUUCUUGUUACACGUAUACCUGGGAUGUUAAAAUGGAUUGGGGUUUAUUCGAUUCGAAAUCCGGAGAACAUAAAUUUCUAAGAGAAGAAACCGUUUACAAUACGAUCGGAUUUUAUUAUUUCGCAAUGAUCGAAGAUUUUUUAAUAAGAUUUUCCUGGAUUUUAUCAUUUGCUCUUCAAGAAUUGGGUUACGUAUCGGGAGAUAUAAUGACGUCGAUACUUUCCCCUUUGGAAGUUUUCAGGAGAUUCGUUUGGAAUUUCUUCAGGUUGGAAAACGAACAUUUAAAUAAUUGCGGUAAAUUUAGAGCGGUUCGUGAUAUAUCGGUGGCUCCGAUCGAUACGACAGACGAUAUUGAAGUACUCAGAAUGAUGGAUAACGAUGAUUGGGUGACAAAUAGAAAAAAGAAAAAAACUGAAAAUAAAAAACAAAAAGAAGGAGAAAUCCCUCUAUUAUUUAACAAUUAUAACGUAUUGGUGUCUUAG